AUGGACAGCAACUCACAACCUCAGCAGAACUCACAGUCCCAUGUUGACUCAAAUGAACAAGGACCAUACAACCCAGACUUACAAGCUAAUGAUUCGGUUUCUGGGGUUGUUGGAGGUUGCAUUGAGCCAGGGCGCUUUGCUAAAUGGAGAGAGGGUCGAGAGUGGCUUGCUGUCACCACAGAUGGAUCAGUUCAAUGUUCAGCUUGUUCUGACAUUAGAGAUUUAGGCCCAUAUACACAAGAGAGGCUUCACAUUGACUCUGCAUUUAUUAAUGGCAUAAAAGCAAAGUCUGCAAAAAAAUUAAAUGACAAAAUAAGCAGACAUGGAAAGUGUCAGUCCCACAUCAAAUGCAUAGAAAUUUUGCAGAGAAGACGCGAGACAGCAAUUGAAAAGGCAGUAGAUAACAGUGCAGCUCUGUGGAGAAAACACAAUGAGAAGACUUUAAAAGUAACUGAGAACUGCAUACGUACAGCCUAUAUGAUCUGCCAAAACAACCUCUCAUUCAAAAUCCAGCCACAGCUGGUGGAACUGCAACAACUGAAUGGUGUAAACCUGGGAUAUAUGCUGCAUUCUGACAAGGCUUGUCGUAAUAUGCUCAUGUUUAUUGGAGAAAAAAUGAGAACUCAGCUAGUGGACUUUAUUAAAAACUCAUCUGAUAAGUUUAGUAUUCUCAUUGAUGAGAGCACAACAGUGUCAAACAAAACAUGCCUAAUCAUCUACAUUAGGAUUCCCUAUGAAGGUGAGGUCUGCAACUUCUUCCUUCAACUUGUUGAGCUGCAGUCAUGCACUGGAUCGGCUAUCUGUGAUACCCUGCUCCAAAGCCUUUAUACACGGGGCAUCUCUGAAGACAUGUUGCGCACCCGGCUUAUUGGCUUUGCAACAGAUGGGGCCGCUGCUAUGAUGGGCAGAUACAGGGGAGCAGCCACACUCCUACGUGAGAAGAUCAACCCUAACCUGACCGUCAUUCACUGUAUGAACCACAAGUUAGAACUUGCUGUCCAUGAUGCUGUAAAACACAUUACAGAGGCGAGCCAUUUUCAGAUGUUCAUUGACUCUCUGUAUUCAUUUUUCUCUCAAAGCCCAAAACAUAUGAGAGAGUUUGAGUCUGCAGCUUCCGAUCUGGGCAUGCACGCUCGCAGAAUAGGAAGAGUAUUUGAUGUGCGCUGGCUGUCCUCAUCCUGCACGUCUGUGACGGCUCUCUGGCAAAGCUAUCCAGCCUUGGUCAAACUCUUUGGAGUGUUGAUGGAAGACAAAUCCAGAUCUUCUGUGGAAAGAGCCAAAUGUCAGGGCAUUCAUGGUAAAAUGACACAGUGGCUUUUUUUGGUGGAGAUGGCGUUGGUAAAAGAUGCACUGGAAACCCUGCAAGCCUUGUCCCUGUUUCUGCAGAGGAGAGAUGCCACAGCUGUCAGUGCCAGUGCUGAGGUGGAUGUUGCACUGAGAACACUGAGGUCUAUGCGGCAAGCAGAUGGUGUAAACGCAAGAGGCCUGAAGGAAGAAUUUGAAAGUUUACACUCUUUCAAGGGAGUGAAUGUGUCUCAGCCAAGUGAUAGUGAUCAUCGGAAGGCAGAGGUCUUUCGUGAAAGACUGUUUGUUUCUCUGGCCGACAACAUUGAGCGCAGGCUGGAUGACAACGGAAUUAUUUCUGAUGCAGCCGUUCUAAAUCCGUCAAAUUGGCCAUCUGAUGAAGACGAGCGCAUCCUUUAUGGAGACAACAAACUUCUCACCAUUCGGAAGACUCUCGCUGUUGAGGCUGCAACCAGUACCAUACUCCUCAAGGAAUUCCACCAAUUCAAAUGUCAUGGCACCACAGGAGACAAUCUGCGCAAAGUGCUCAUCACUGUCUCCACACUCCCAGUGUCAACAGCUGAGUGUGAAAGGGGAUUCAGCGCCAUGAACCGUAUUCUCACAGAUGAAAGAAACCGAAUAAAUGUGUCCACACUGAACAACCUACUGUUCAUUUCCAUAAAUGGGCCAGAGGUUGCCUACUUUCCUGCCCGGAGAUUUGCAGAAAUGUGGAUAAAAGAGGGACGGCAUGCUGCAGAUGACGCUCCCACAGGAAAGCAGAAAAAGACCACAGAAGUCCAUCAUCAAGGCAGACUGUUUUCCUAG